GGAGGAGCCCGCGGGCCGCGAGAGCGUCGCGAAGGCGCUCGCCGAGGACGACGGGCCGGGACGGCGCCCCUCCAGGGCCCAGGCGGGGGCCGACCCGCUGACGGCGGCGGCCUCGGAGACGCAGCUCGCCUCGACGCGCGUCUCCACGAGCCGCCCAGUGCGAUUCUCCACCCCGGAGGAGGUGCGCUUCUCCUCGGGCCCGGGCAUGGCGCGCAUGAACAGCCUGGUGAGCUGCCACUCGGGCCGCGGAGUGUCGGCCAGGGAGAGGUCGCAGUUCGACGCCUUCGUCAGGGGCUCGAUGCAGGCUCUGAGGAAGAGCGCCAUGGAACCGACGCCACAAGACUCGAGCCUGGUGUCGCUCUUUGUGAAGAGCCGCUACUUCUCCCUGGGGUUCGGGGUCCUCAUCGUCCUGAGCACGGUGCUGAUCGGCGUCGAGACCCAGGUGCUCUCCAGUCUGUCCGCCGGGGAGACGGCGUCGGAUUCGCUGCUGGCGGCCCUGUCGUCCACGAACUACCUGCUCACCUUCCUGUUCACGGCGGAGAUUGCGCUGCGGCUGUACGUGCACGGGCUUCAUCCGGGAGAGGCUCACGCCUUGCUGGCCGUCCGCGGUGGUGGGAGGCCUGACGGGGUUGGCCUCGCCCCCCCUCCUCCUCCUCCUCCCCCUCCUCCUCCUCCUCGAUCCUC